AUGAAGCAUGGAAAUUUCUAUGUUACGACGCCGACUUAUGGUACACUUGCUGCCCGACUACCUAGCCCAACUAUCUCACGCGCCAAGGUGGAUCGAACAGCGGUAGCUGGCCAUCUAGGUUUUAGGCUCAAGCGAAGAAAGUUGCCGUUGCCGCCCAAUCCUGAUGUGCAAACCCUUGCUCUUGAUCCACCAUUCCAACUCUUUCGCUGCAGUCACCGGAAGCCGAUCCUCAGCAUGGACACACCGGUGACUCUCAACAUACAAUUCAUCGAUCUCGUCUCCACCUCAUUAACGCACGCCACAAGGAGAGAUAGACCGACGCCUGCGCCGGUGCCUCUGUCCCAGCAUGAUACAUUCCGAUCGCAAAAAGCAACCAUAGAUCCAAAUCCCAGAGCUCUCGUGAUUUUCUUGCGGAUGUGCGAUGCCCAACUUUUCGUCGUGAACUGGAACGUCAAGUCUCUGUUGCCAAUGUUCCCCUUGGUCCGCCCCCAAUGCCCUAAAAUCCGAAUUGAAAAAGAAGCCGAAAACUGGCGGCAAUGCAAAAAUCGCGAUACAAAACAAAGUACAGUAGAAUCAGAAUACAAGUAA